AUGAUUUCAAUGAAAGACCGCAAGAAGAUUUUUGUUUUCAAAAUAAUUUACUUAAAAACAAAAAACUAA